AUGGUCCCAUGCAAGUAUCGCUUUCACUCCGGCGAAAAUAGCUGGCCAGAAAAGAAUUCUUCCUGCGAGUCUGUAGUUUCAUCUAACAUUUGCUCUGUCGCUUCCUCUAGCCGGUCUGAUCACUCUGGAAUACGAACCAUGGAACCUCAUCACCAUCAUUUUCAUAUUCCAUCUUCUCACCAUUCAUAUCCUCUACCUCGCUCCUCGAGUUGCCAUGCCGAUGGAAAUGAUGUGGGAACAUGUAUCAACUUCAUUCCUGGAAGUGAGGCAGGCAGCACUCGAUCCCAUGAAGCAGAGGUCACCGAUAAUAUUUUCGAUGUAGAUGGUGAUGGAAACGGAUACUGUGAGGCUGACUUUGAAGGAGAUGGUCAGCUCUGUUGCCAUGUACAGGACCGUGUGCUAGCCAAGGUUGUACAUACCUUACAGCAGCUAACGGCUCGCCUAGAUGGUGACGCUGAUCCUGGUGAGGUGGUUAGCAAUUGUCGAGCCAUCCAGGCUUGCAUGGACACUAUUGCAUCAAUAAAGCAGAGCCGGUCUAUGCUGCUUACCCCCACAGCCCCUUCUUUCAACCACCAAACGCAAAGCUAUUACCAUCAUCAGCAGGCGCCAAGUCAGCAUUCCAAGUUAGGUAAUUCUGUCCACGAACCAAAUAAUCUGAUAGCACUUGCAGCGGCCAGGUCCGGCUCACCAAAUCGUCAUCCAGCGCGCCAGCUCCAUAUCGCCACGCCCAACAGCCUUCAGGGACCUCAAAGUCAGACACAUCAGACCCAACAGAAUCUUACAAAGUCACGUUUAGAGGAAAACAGGUCAAAUUUGUUUAAUACUCCUUCAAGCGACACCGCCGCACACCUAAUAAUGACCUAG